AUGGCAACAACAGGCAAGACAAAGGCCCGGACCACUCGUCGCACCCGGAUAGUUUGCAUAUCAGAUACACACAAUUGCACCGUCAAACUCCCGCCUGGCGAUGUCCUGAUUCAUGCGGGCGACAUUACGAACCAGGGCAGCCAUUCAGAGCUCUCCAAAGCGGUAAAAUGGCUGGAAGGCCUACAAUACGAAGCCAAGAUAAUCAUAGCUGGCAACCAUGACAUCACUCUCGAUGCCGACUUUUACGCCAGACACGGCCAUGACUUUCACAACAAAAAGCCGGAAUCUCACGAAGAAUGUCUAGCGCUGGUCCAAAGCUCACCAUCGCUGACUUAUCUGCAUCAUGAGACGGCCACGAUCCGGCUGUCGUCCCCGACUGGGCCGCGAACCGAGUUUACCGUCUUUGGGUCGCCCCUCGCGCCGGCGUUUCGCAACUGGGCAUUUUACUAUCCCCCGCUCCUCGAAAGCUUGUCCUGCUGUGAAACGUCGAUAGCGACGAGUGACGAGCUCCCCACUUCCCCGUGGGAGGACAUCCCAGCGCGCGCAGACAUUGUCGUAACUCAUACCCCGCCACGCGACCACUGCGACGAUCGCGGCGGCGUCGACCGUCCCACUGGCUGCGAGGCGCUUCGUCGCGCGCUCUGGCGCGUCCGUCCACGGCUCGCCGUCUGCGGCCACAUGCACGAGGGCCGGGGCGUGUCACGCGUGUCGUGGGAUCUGGGCCGUCGGUAUGGCGAGCGCGACGACGACGACUCGGCGGGGGCAUGGCAGGAUCCUGGCGCAGGAGGCAACAACAAGAUAAGCCUGGUUAAUUUAACGGCCAAGAACGCAAGCCUACCGCUGGAUAACGACGGACUAUGGUAUGAGGACGGCACUGGUGAUGUGCCUAUAGAACGCCGUGGCGAGGCAAAAGCUUCCGGGGAGGCUGGUGGUGAGAUGGUAGCACCAGGCUGGCAUGGACGCAGAGAGACGUGUGUAGUCAACGCUGCUAUUUUGAAGAGCAAGUUUCCACAUAAGGGCGGGAAGCAGUUCAACAAGCCGAUUGUCGUGGACCUCGACCUUCCUGUAGUGGAGGGAAUAGAUUUUGAUAAUUUUGAAUGGUUACAUGUUCACUUCGACAAUUACGCCGCAUACAGCAAUCAAGUUGGGUCUAUACCUUACUAA